AUGGCUCUCAGGGCUCCCCUCCGAUCCCACCUGGCUCGCCGAUGCCUGAGCCAGGCCCCAACGACUCCGCGCUUCGUCCUCGCCCGCUACCAAUCUACCGCCUCAGUACCGAACCCGGAUCCCCUCCCGGGCUCCCCCUCGGCCAAGAUCAUCGCCGAGAAUGAAUCCUACAUGGUAGCCACCUACUCCCGACCCACACCCGUCUUCGUCCGCGGCGAGGGCUCCUACCUCUGGGAUCUCGAGGACAGGAAAUACCUCGACUUCACGGCCGGUAUCGCCGUGAACUCUCUGGGGCACUGCGAUCCCGAGUUUAGCAACAUUAUCGCCAAGCAGUCCAAGAUCCUCGUCCACGCCUCCAACCUCUACCACAACCCCUGGACCGGCUCCCUCUCCAAGCUCCUCGUCCAAAAAACCCACGAAGCCUCCUGCAUGCCCACCCUCUCCUCCGUCUUCAUCUGCAACUCCGGAACGGAAGCCAACGAAGCCGCCAUCAAAUUCGCCCGCAAAGCCGGCAAGGUAACCGAUCCCUCGGGCGCCAAAUUCGAAAUCGUCGCCUUCCGCAACGGGUUCCACGGCCGUACCAUGGGUGCGCUGUCUGCCACGUGCAACCCCAAGUAUCAGCAGCCUUUUGCGCCCAUGGUACCGGGUUUCCGGUACGGCGAUCUUAAUGAUGUGGAUGCUAUCGAGGGGCUCGUGACGGAUGCCACGUGCGGUGUUAUUGUUGAGCCUAUUCAGGGUGAGGGGGGCGUCAAUGUCGCGAGCGAGGAGUUCUUGGUCGCGUUGGCAAAGAGGUGUAGGGAGGUUGGCGCUGUGCUGAUUUAUGAUGAGAUUCAGUGCGGAUUAUCGAGGACGGGUAAGCUCUGGGCCCAUGCGGCGCUGCCCGAGGUCGCUCACCCGGAUAUCUUGACGACGGCCAAGGCACUGGGCAAUGGCUUCCCCAUUGGCGCCGUGCUCGUCACCAAGGACGUCGCCGAUAAGAUGAAGGUCGGCGAUCACGGUACCACUUUUGGCGGAAACCCCUUGGCUUGCAGGCUCGCUCACUACAUCCUCGGUCGUCUGGCCGAUCCUGCCCUCCAGCAUGGCGUGGUCGCCAAGUCGGCCGUCUUUAAGGAGGGCUUCGAGAAGAUCCGCGCCGCGUUCCCCGAACUCGUCACUGAGAUCCGCGGCGAGGGUCUCAUUCUCGGUCUUCAGCUCACCGAGGAUCCUAACCCCAUCAUCAAGGCUGCUAGGGAGAGGGGUCUCCUCGUCAUCUCGGCGGGGCAUAACACGCUUAGGUUCGUGCCGAGCCUGUUGAUCUCGGAAGAGGAGAUUAAGGAGGGCCUGAAGAUUCUCGAGAGCGCCAUUGUUGCGACUAGGGCAUGA